ACAAACCGGAGCAGGGAGGAGCUGGGGCACUCUGAAAUAUUCGUCACUUGGGACAAUUUAACGUGGACUGAGGGCAACCACUAAAGAGAAGGUUGCAUACCUCAUCAACAACACAACAAGCUGAUUUUUAGAUGUCCGCAACUUUAGACGCCAUGGCCACAGAAAGCUGUUUGUGUGACGACUCCAAGGUGACCAGAAGCAUUGGACAAAAGAUUUUCGUCAACAGAAGCUUGACGCUGGAAAACAUCAAAUGCUAUGGCUUCGACAUGGACUACACGCUCGCAAUGUACAAGUCUCCAGAGUAUGAGAGCCUGGGCUUCGAGCUCAUAAGGGACAGAAUGGUGUCUGUUGGCUACCCUCAUGAGAUUCUGCGAUACACGUACGACCCGAGCUUUCCCACAAGGGGGUUAGUGAUCGACACCACAUACGGCAACCUCCUGAAGGUGGACUCCAACGGGAACAUUCUAGUGUGCAGUCAUGGCUUUUGGUUCCUCAAAGGCAAGGAGAUUCUCCGCUAUUACCCCAACAACUUUAUCCAGAGAGACGACACGGACCGUUUCUACAUUCUCAACACGCUCUUCAACCUGUCAGAGACAUAUCUCUACGCUUGCCUCGUGAACUUCUUCACCAAAUGUACCAGAUACAAAUCCGUGCUAAAAGGUUACCACCACGGCGACCUGUUCAUGUCGUACAGAAGUAUGUUCCAGGAUGUUCGAGAUGCAAUGGACUUCAUUCAUGACACGGGCAUCCUCAAAAACCAGACCAUCAAGAAUAUUGAUAAAUAUAUCGUCCAAGAUCCGAAUAUUAUUGUUCUCUUGAGCCGGAUUAAAAAGGUGGCCAAAAUUUUUCUUGCCACCAACAGUGACUACAACUACACUAUGGCCAUAAUGACACAUCUUCUUGAAAACGAUGCCAAGUCGUGGCGCUCCUUCUUUGACCUCAUCGUUGUGGAUACGAAGAAGCCGCUGUUCUUCGCAGGGGGAACGUUGCUCAGACAGGUCGACACGAACACAGGUAAACUUCGGAUCGGGACGUACACUGGCGCUCUCCAGCAUGGAACCGUGUACUCCGGAGGCUCAUCAGACAUCGUGUCCGACUUGCUGGACGUUAAAGGUAAAGAUAUCCUCUACGUGGGGGAUCAUAUCUUCGGCGACAUCCUUAAGUCGAAGAAGCGCCAAGGCUGGAAGACGUUCCUGGUGGUUCCAGAGCUCACCAAAGAGCUACAAGUGUGGGAGAAGAAGAAAAAUUGGUUUGAAGAGCUGAAAUGUCUCGACAUUUUCCUUGCUGAGAUUUACAAGCACCUAGACGGUGGCAGUCAGGAUGCUCCUGACAUCAACAGCAUUCAGACCAGAAUGAAGAUUCUGACCACCUGGAUGGACAUGUCUUACGGCCAGAUGGGCAGCCUACUUCGGAGCGGCUCCAGACAGACGCUGUUUGCCGGCCAGCUCAUGCGCUACGCUGACCUCUACUCGGCCAGCUGCAUCAGCCUGCUCCACUACCCCCUAAAUUACCUCUUCAUGGCUCCUCCCGUGCUGAUGCCCCACGAGGCCCCGACGCUCAACUCUGCAGACGUUACUUCGACGCCGCUCACCAACUGUCAGUGUGAGCAGACGCUAAGCGUUAAAAACAAGACAGCAUGAGAAAGACAGUUCCUCAAGAGCCUCUGCAUAAAGAUUUGCAUGUUGGAAUACUUCGUGGCAGUCAUUAGGACACACAACUUGUUGCCUAAUGUGCAGCUCCCCCAGCUGGAUGGGAGUUGCUUUUCAUCCACUAUUGAGAGAACCCCUAAAAGUGCAUCAAAUAAAUUGGAGUA